GCUGGGGAAAGGCAGUGUGAGCUCCGUACGAGCUUCUACUCAAGCCAGAGACGGCACAGACUCCGUUUCUUCUACUUUCCCGUCUACAUUUUUUCGAAUCCCGAGGAAAAAUACAGAGCAGACGGAGAGAAAGGCGAGCUGAAGAGAGAGAGGGAAAAGAAAAAAACACCGAAGAGAAACAGCAAUGUUUUAUUAUUGCAUCCUGCCUAAGCGAAACACGAGUCCUAUCAAUAAACAGCUGAUGUUGGUUCCCAUUGCCACGCUCCCGAGGACAGUAAAAACGUUCAAAGUCUAGAGAGGUCCGGUUGAUAAGUCUAGGUCGUCCGUCGAUGAGGAUAUCUUGUCUCCAGGCUCAAGGGGAGGCCUCAUCUCUGUGCUUGACACCGGCAAGAAAGCCAUUUAGCUCUAUAGAAAGAGGUCAGCAAUCUUCCACCACUGUCAAUCACAUCGACAGCAGGCAAAAGAAGACGGCAGACUUACGCAGUUGCACGCGCCAGGAGGGCAGGUACAAGCAGAGCCACAGCUGCAUCCACAGUCACCUAGAGACGGCAAGUCUCGUUAGCCAGAUACGUUCUUCUCCAAUAGUAGGCAGGUCAGGCAUUAUGGCGGAGACGACCACGACUCACCCAUCUUGAUUGUAGAGAGUGCGAGUAGCUAAACGAGGUGUCUGGUUAUUUGUUUUGAGAGGCGUAUUCCGUCGUUAAGUCGUUAAGUCGUUAAGCAAUGGUUAUUCGGUGUUUGUUCGCUUUGAAAAGAAAAGUAGAGGCGCAACUGAGACGGGAGAUCUCGGCCUCCUAUAUAUAUACGCCUCUCGCCUCGCUGGAACAAGGGAGAUUGG